AUGAACAAGGGCAGUAUCCCUGGACAACAACAGGUAAACCCCCUGAGAAACGCAAGGGAACGUAAAGAUAUAAACACAGUAACAACUACACAAAUUAUUCUGUGUCUAUUAUUCGUGUUCGGUACCUUUUUCGUCCUUAUAAUGUACUGCAAAGCUUGUACCAGGGCGUCUCAAGCAAGAUACUCGGAUCAAAGUAGGCGCCAAAGUGGUCACAAUGACGAAGACAGGGACACCAGUUCAUUGCAAUGUUACACAAUUUUUGAGUCAAGGGCUAGACCACCGUCUUAUAGUGAAGCGUGUAGUGCUCCGCCUCUUUACGGAUCACCUUUGAACAAAGCCUCUAUGCUCGAAGGACCACCAGUUUAUCCAGACACCCCUAAGCUAACCGAUAAGGUGUCGCAACAAUGUAACCGAGACGUUUCUCUAGCUCAUCAUAUUUAACGCAUCCUAGAAACCCCGAUAACUUGUACAAAUAUUCAUAACUGAUAAAAUACAUUUAAAUUUACGGAGA